CCACGAUUCCCAACACGCGUUGUCAAGGAUGUCCGUUGCACGGCAGUCGAUAAGAAGGUCUCUACGCUCGAGCUGCGCAAGAUGUAAGCGCUUCUCCUCGACGGCGUCGACAACUUCACCAGACUCAACAGCUUCGACGGCCUCAUCCGCCUCACCCUCCUCACGCACAUCACCACGGCCACAAACCAUCUUCUCUGGUAUCCAGCCAACAGGAACACCGCACCUCGGGAAUUACCUCGGUGCACUCCAAUCAUGGGUCCAGUCCCAAUUAACCCAAUCAUCCUCAACAUCCCUCUACUACUGUAUCGUCGACCUCCACGCCAUUACCAUGCCACAACACCCCGCUGCUCUAAUGCAAUCACGGCGAGAAAUGAUGGCAUCUCUACUAGCAAUGGGACUUGGUCCAGAACGAUGUGUGAUAUACGAACAGAGCCGGGUACCAGAGCAUACAGAGCUGGCAUGGAUCCUCAACACCAUUGCGCCAGUGGGAUACUUGAACCGCAUGACCCAGUGGAAGUCCAAACUCAAUCUCGACCCCAAUGAAAUAAACGUUACCGAAGUUGCCGACACAGCCGGCCUGAACCUUGGUCUCUUUUCCUAUCCAGUCCUCCAAGCCGCGGAUAUCCUCCUCCACAAAGCAACACAUGUCCCCGUCGGCGAAGACCAACUCCAACACCUCGAACUCGCACGACACUUGGCUCGCACAUUCAACAAGAGAUUCUCAAAGAAAUCAAGGGUAUUCCCUGAACCACAGCCAAUGCUCACACCGACCAAGCGUGUCAUGUCACUGAGAGACCCAACAAAGAAGAUGUCCAAAUCAGAUCCAAACCCGGCUUCAAGGAUCCUGGUAACAGACGAACCAGCGGAAAUCCAGAAUAAAAUUGCCCGCGCAGUCACAGACUCGACCCUUGGCAUAACCUACGACCCCACAAACCGUCCCGGACUCGCAACUCUGAUCACCAUCCAUGCUGGUCUCACAGCCCGCUCCGACUCCCCCGAAUCUGUGGCGAAAGAGUAUGAACACAUGGGACACCGCGAGUAUAAGGCCGUUAUUGCUGAUUGUGUUGCGGAGUACUUCAAAGGGUUUAGAGGGGAGUAUGAGAGGUUGAUGAAGGAGCCAAAGGUGUUGGAGGAGAUCAGCAGGAAGGGGGCGGAGAAGGCAAGGAUCACGGCACAAGAAACGAUGCAGAAGGUUAAGACUGCCGUUGGGUUGGCAUGAAGUGCCGUCCUC